AUGAGUGCCAAUCUUAAUCCAACAAAAUCCAAUAAUUUGACUGUACCAAAGUCGCAGCAUUCAUACUCCACAUCGCUAUCUUCCAACAUUUCACCCCAGUACUUUUUUGCAAAUAACAACAUAUCAAAGACAAGUUCUAGAUCAGGAGCAGCAAGCACAUAUAGACUAUCUAGAAGUAAUACCAACAACACGUCAGAUGCGUAUCUUACCAACCACGACAACCAAAGUAUUCAAAGUAUAGAUAAGAUUCCCAGUGCCAAACCAAGUGUAACUUAUCUGGACAAACUAUGGACCCAAAUUGAUGUUUUGGAUGAUGUUAAACGAAUGGCCAAAGAGUCCAAGGUAAAAGAUACACUCUUUAAUGAAAAAUAUAUUCAAAAGUUGGCAAAGUUGAAGGAACUGCAGGAUCAGUUGCUACAAACCAUGUCGGCCUUACAAACUGAGGAUAUGAAUACCAACGAAGCACAGAAACAAGAGUUGUACCAACUAAAGACGGCCGAAAUAGCAAAUAAGACCGAAGCAGUUGGUGAAGAUGCAACCAAGUCGUUAAAGAGUAAAAAUUCCACCCACGAGCUGAGUGUACCCGAGACCGAACAAAGUAAUGCUGGAGAAGUAAGUCCUCUGUCAGACAGUGUAUUGGAAUUGACUGCGGAAGAACAGGAAAAAGUGGAUAAGUUCUUUGCCAUCAAUGAUGAAGCUUAUGAUUCCGAAGAUGAAGCAGACUUUCAAAGUCAAACAAUUUACAAUAAGGAUGUGUUCGAUGAAAUCAAUAGAUAUGUUCAACAAGUUAAGCAAGAUUUGCGUGGAUUGGGGGAUGCAAUGAAGGAAUGCAGUAGUAAUAGAGACACCACCUGA